AUGGCCGGCAUUAUUUUUGCCGUGAUACUGAACACAGCAUCAAAACAAGAUUACAACUUAACGUCACUCUGUCCAACAGUUAUAAAUUUGUGGUUAUAUCUCUUCUUUUUUCUCUGCGCUGCAUCUCUCCUAACUCUCACCACCAUUGCAUUCGACAGACUCCUCGCUGUUUCGCUCCAUCUGCGAUAUCAAGAGCUUGUCACGUCCAAACGUGUCACUAUAGUAUUGAUAUUUAUAUGGUUAACAAGUUUUAUCACUGCCUUGAUAUACAUUUUCCUUCCGAAAAGCAAUGAAAUGGUAGCUGCAGUUAUUUUACUGGUAGGGUAUUUUCUGACAACAGUGGCAUAUGUUCGUAUUUACAAAGUCGUCAAAUAUCACCAGAAUCAGAUAUACAGUCAAAAUCAGCUUCAAAAUGCACAAACAAGGGAGGCACUCAGACAAAGGAAGUCCGCUUAUAAUGCUUUAUUUGUCUAUUUUGUUUUUCUAGUUUGUUGUCUUCCUUUUUUGCCUUCUGUAAUGUUGUACUUGAUUAAUUCUUCUGAAAUUUCGUUUCUCAUAGCCAAAUGUGCGUCGUUAUUCUUAAUUUACCUGAAUUCAUCAUUAAAUCCAAUUGUUUAUUGCUGGCGGUACCGAGAGAUUCGCCAAAUUGUAAAAAGCACAAUGAAGAAAAUACUUCAUUUGGACGAGAAUAUGACGUGAGGAUGCGAAGUUCUACGAGACGAAAUUUGGUGAGAACGAGCAAUUCUAGAAGGAACCUGGGACGAGUUAACUUUCGCAAAGACUUCUGGGACUGUUACAAGGGAGAAGGGAAAAAUGACCAAAAAUGACCGCGCUGACGGGCGUGUCCCCACCUGAGUAACAAUCCCAGAAAAAAUUGCGGGAAAUAUUUCGGCGCUAAUCGUUUCAAAAGAGGCGAAUGAACUUGCUGUGCCCAAAGACCAAGGAAAGGUGUAAACGGGAGAAGAUUGGUCGCUACAAUUGGAAUUGGUCUCUCAAUAGAGAACCUCAAAACAGACACCUUUGAACUACAUUCCGUCUACGACUUCCACGAAAUGUAAUGGACUAACAGCGCAAAAAGACUAACAUAUAAAAGUGAAUUUCAAUUCAGCAUUUUAAACAUUGGGAUGCAAGGUCAUUUUUGUAAUAAUUUCCUACCUAGAACUGAAUUCUUCAAAACACGAUCUGGUCUCUCCGAAUUGCGAAAUACGAAGACACCUUUACGGCACCUACUCAAUAAAACUCAGUUCCCUUUUUCAUCGUCAACUAACUUCUUAAAGAGAAAAAUUUAAGAGGACUUUCCCCUUUUUAUGGACAAAACUGUGUUUGCUAUGGCACAAGAACCUUACAAGCGUGAUUGUACCGAGUACUUGCAAAGAAUGAGUAACAAUGUGACAAAAUGGCCAUUUUUCAAGCUGUAAUUGAUUUCCAUGCGAGCAAUCGACAGCAAAAAGAAGGAGCUUACAAAAGACUGUAUGUCUCCAUUAAAAAAAAUGAAGUCUCUCUUCCGCUUGGCCGUGGAAGAUCUGGAUACGAGAUAAGAAGCGUCCUUCGGCUUGUCGUAAGCCUACAGCGGAAGUUCCAAUGUUGAGGCCUUAUAGAGACGAACACAUACACUAGUUGGCAUUCGAAAAGAGUUUACAAAUAAGUAAGGUCAUUCGCUGUGCGCUACUCCAUUCAGAAAAACCGUCGCAAGUCUACAUUUGAGACAAAUCUCAAACAAAGACGAAGGAAGACGAAAACAGUCCAUAAUGUUAGGCUCCAGUCCAUUUAUAAAAACCUCACCGGCUUGCAAGACUAAAAAGACUCGCUGACUGGACGUCAUCUUAUUAACUACUACUGAAACAGGUUCUAAACGUUUUAAAACUGAAGCAUUUUAAAAUUUUAAAUAAAAAAUAGAACUAAACAAAAUCCAUCUGUAUUUUAUCAAGUUUCAAAAUUUCGCAGGACGGUUAAAUUUAGAGGAAUGACUCGCCCUUUCAACGUUUUAGAAUAAAUUUAAGUUCUAUUUUCUAAACCCAGCAUUUGCAAUUAAACAAACGGUUCUUCUAAGCAGGCAACAGCUCACAUGUCAAUUAUGGACAGAGAGGAAAUUGGAACUUUAUGGAAAGGACUAUAUAUUGCGGUGUUUAAUUCUUUUGCUUUCAAUGCUAGUGUUGCAAAACCUUCCCCGUGCACUGUUUUCUGGGUUGACCUUGUUUUGUACCAUUUGAUUCGGUGUUUCAACCCUUAAAAAUCUAUACCAACAAUAACACUAAAUUUCUGACAACCCUUGCGUAUGUUCGUAUUUACAAAGUUGUCAGAUAUCAUUAGAAUCAGAUAUACGGUCAAAAUCAGCUUCAAAAUGCCCAAGCAAGGGAGGCACACAAACAAAGAAAAUCCGCCUAUAAUAGUUUAUUUGUCUCUGUAGUUUUCUUAGCUUGUUAUCUUCCUUUAAUGCCUUGUAGAAUAUUGUACUUGACAAACACUUCUGAAAUUUCAUUUCACGAAGCUUAUUUUGCGUCCAUAUUCUUGAUUUACCUUAAUUCAUCAUUAAAUCCUUUUAUUUAUUGUUGGCGGUACCCAGAGAUUCGCCAAAGUGUAAAAAGCACAGUAAAGCAAAUAUUUCACAUGAACGAGAACAUGUCAUAAGGAAGGAAUUAAAGAUCUGGGUAGUUCGAACUGACAGUCUUUUCAGUGUCUUUGCGAAGUCUGAAAAACGAAAUUUAGUGAGAAAACUAAUGGACUUGCUUUAGGCCAAAAGAAAAUGAAAAGUGUAAAACAAAAAAGAAUAGUCUAUUACAAAAUAGAAAUGGUGUUGAGAAACUGGGAAACGACACAUGACUAGUAAAGUGGUCACCGUUAUAACUUUCACAAAUUUAUCACAGGAACAAAGUUAUGAGGAUCUUGUUAUGUGAUUGUCUAACUGUGCUUAGCCGUUUGAGCCCUAAGAUUGAUCAGCAUCAAAGUUCUCCUUGUAAUACCUAUGCUUUAGAAAACGGAGUGGUCAUGGGAAUUAUGGACAUGAUCACACAGAUUCUUUAACAACUUCUCCCAACUACUAUUAUAGGAAAUGUAAAGCGACAACAAAUGAGAAUUUAAAUAUAGACAUUACAAUUUGAAGGAUUAAUAUGUGACAAGUAUAGUUCUUGCACAAAAUGGUCUUAGAUCUUUGCCAAGAAAAAGCAUUUCAAAUUCCACUGACUGAUGAGAAAGGCCCAAACUAUUAGGUUCAAGUCCUUUCCAGAAAGCGCACCGGCUUUGAAAACGCAAAACCCUCGCUGACGUCACAUUAAACUACGAAACAGGUGUUACAUUUUUCAAACUGAAAGUUUGCGUCGGAUGGCUUAGAAUUUUAAAACGAACAGAAUUUAAAAAAAAAACCUCACUACUUUAUUAUGUUUUAAAGAUUUCCGGCUGGACGGUUAAAUUGAGAGAAAAAUCUCGCCGUUUCAACUUUUCAGAAUGAUUUAGCCUUCUAUAGUUAAACCAGCCGUUUUACAUUAAACAAGCACAUCUUUCCCAGCUUGGAAACUACUCGCAUCUCAGUUAUCAACAAAGAGGUAAUUAGAACUUGAUGGACACGAACCAUGUAUUGCACAUUUUAAACGUUGUGUUUUCAUUACGUAUGUUAAUAAACAACCUUAUAACCCUGUACUAUACAAACAAUACACACUUCGUUUGAGGCAUAUUAAACCGACUACAUUAACAUCGAGCGUCAAAGUCGUCGGCUAUUUUAAAAAACGAAUAGAGAAGCGGUGACAAAGGUAAAAUGCUUGAAAAACAACCGGCAAGAUAAAAAAUGGCUGAACAGUUCUGCAAUCAAAAGUUGGAAGGUUUUCUACAACUUGCCCGUUACAGAGAAACUUUCUUGUUUUCUCUAUGUGUUUCACACUUCGCGUUUUCUCUCGUGACAAGUCUCGGGAAUAUUUUACUGAUUCGCGCCUUAUUCAAAGCGUCAUCAAUACCAGCCAACGAGAAGAAGCUGUUUCUUAGUCUGGCUUUCUCUGACCUUGGGGUGGGAUUGGUGUCGCAGCUAAUGGCCGGCAUUAUUUAUGCCGUGAUACUGAAGACAGCAUCAAAAGAAAACUACAACUUUACGUCACUCUGUCCAACAGUUAUAAAUUUGUCGUCUUAUCUCUUGUUUUUUCUCUGCGCUGCAUCUCUCCUAACUCUCUCCGCCAUUGCACUCGACAGACUUCUCGCUGUUUCGCUCCAUCUGCGAUAUCAAGAGCUUGUCACGUCCAAACGUGUCACUAUAGUAUUGAUAUCCAUAUGGUUAACAAGUUGUAUCACUGCCUUGAUAUACAUUUUCCUUCCGAAAAGCAAUGAAAUGGUAGCUAUAGUUAUUUUACUGGUAGGGUAUGUUCUGACAACAGUGGCAUAUUUUCGUAUUUACAAAGUCGUCAAAUAUCACCAGAAUCAGAUAUACAGUCAAAAUCAGCUUCAAAAUGCACAAACAAGGGAGGCACUCAGACAAAGGAAGUCCGCUUAUAAUGCUUUGUUUGUCUAUUUUGUUUUUCUAGUUUGUUAUCUUCCUCUUUUGCCUUCUGUAAUGUUGUACUUGAUUAAUACUUCUGAAACUUCGUUUCUCAUAGCCAAAUCUGCGUCGUCAUUCUUAAUUUACCUGAAUUCAUCAUUUAAUCCCAUUGUUUAUUGCUGGCGGUACCGAGAGAUUCGCCAAAUUGUAAAAAGCACAAUGAAGAAAAUACUUCGUUUAGACGAGAAUAUGACGUGAGGAUGCGAAGUUCUACGAGACGAAAUUUGGAGAGAACGAGCAAUUCUAGAAGGAAACUGGGGCGAGUUAACUUUCGCAAAGACUUCUGGGACUAUUACUAGGGAGAAGGGAAAAAAUAACCAAAAAUGACCGCGCUGAUCGACGCGUCCCCACCUGAGUAACAGUCCCAAGAAAAAAUUGCGGGAAAUAUUUCGGCCCUAAUCGUUUUAAAAGUGGCGAAUGGACUUGCUGUGCCCAAAGACCAAGGAAAGGUGUAAACAGGAGAAGAUUGGUCGCUACAAUUGCAAUUGGUCUCUCAAUAGAGACCCUGAAAACAGACACCUUUGAACUAAAUUCCGUCUACGACUUCCACGAAAUGUAAUGGACUUACAGUGGAAAAAGACUAACAUAUAAAAGUGAAUUUCAAUUCAGCAUUUUAAACAUUGGGAUGGAAGGCGGUUUUUGUAAUAACUGCCUACCUACGAUUGAAUUCUUUAAAACACGAUCUGGUCUCUCCCAAUUGCGAAAAAAGAAGACACCUUUAGGGCACCUACUUAAUGAAACUCAGUUCCCUUUUUCAUGGUCAACUAACUUUUUAAAGAGACAAAUUUAGGAGUUUAUGGACAAAACUGUGUUUGCUACGGCUCAAGAACCUUAGCGUUUACAAGCGUGAUUUUACCGAUUACUUGCAAAGAAUAAGUAACAAUGUGACAAAAUGGCCAUUUUCCAAGCUGUAAUCGAUUUCCAUCCGAGCAAUGGACAGCCAAAGUAGUAGCUUACGACAGACUGUAUGUCUCCAUUAAAAAAAUGAAGUCUCUCUUCCGCUUGGCCGUGGGAGAUCUGGAUACGAGAUAAGACGCGUCCUACUGUUUGUCGUAAGCUACAGCGGAAGUUGCAAUGUUGAGGCUCUUUAGAGACGAACACAUAUACUCGUUGGCAUUCGAAAAGAGUUUACAAAUAAGUAAGGUCAUUCACAAGUCUACAUUUGAGACAAAUCUCAAAGAAAGACGAAGGAAGACGAAAACAGUCCAUAAUGUUGGGCUCCAGUCCAUUUAUAAAAACCUCAUCGGCUUCCAAGACUAAAAAGCCUCGCUGACUAGACGUCACUUUAAUAACUACUACUGAAACAGGUGCUAAUCGUUUUAAAACUGAAGCAUUGCGUCAAAAUGCUUAAAAUUUAAAAAAAAAAUAGAACCAAACAAAAUCCAUCUGUAUUUUAUCAUGUUUCAAAAAUUUCGCUGGACAGUUAAAUUUAGAGGAAAAACUCACCCUUACAACGUUUUAGAAUAAAUUAAACUUCUAUUUUCUAUACCGAGCAAACAAACGGUUCUUCUCAGCAGGCAACAGCUCACAUGUCAAUUAUGGACAGAGAGGUAAUUGGAACUUUAUGGAAAGGACUAUACAUUGCGGUGUGUAAUAAUUGUUUUGUUUUUAAUACUAGUGUUGCAAAACCUUCCCCUUCCAUUGUUUUCUGGGUUGGACUUGUUUUAUACAAUUUAAUUCGUUGUUUCAACCCUUGAACAAUGACAUUAAAUUUCUGUUUACACCCUACCUAUAACAUUAAGUCUAAGGAUUUAGUUAAUGAACCGGCUUUAUUACGCGCUACAGCAGAUGGCCCAUGUGAAAAGUAGCUAAUAAACCGAGGGGGUAAUUAAUGUAGAUAUCAGUUUUAUCCAAGACAAAUACAUGUAUGUAAUGUGACAAGUCAAACUAUGGCUGAAAAGAACUGCAAUCGAUUUCUGGAUUAUUGGAUUAAACUAGUUUCCUACAGGAGAAGUUUCUUCCUUGGUAUCUAGGUUUUAAACUUUGUAUUUUCCCUCCCUUCAUAAUGCCCAAACAAGAGAGGCACACCGACAAAGGAAGUAGUUUAUUUGUCUCCCGACAGUAUUUUUUUUAGCGUGUUGUUGUCCUCAUUCGAGCAAUAUGUAAAAGGUUUUCAAAGGUUUCACGUCGGUGAAGAUGUGCGGCUUGUCACCCCUUACAGUUUUUACUGUGAGGAUUUUGUCAAGUGAUGGCCUAACUGUGCUUAACCCUUUAGGCCCUAAGAGUGAUCAGCAUCAAAUUUCUCCUAGUAAGAUCCCUGCUGUAGAAAACAAGGUUGUUAUGAGAAUUAGGGACAUAAUCACACAGAUUCUUUGACAGCUUCUCUCAACUACUAUUAUCAUGAGGAAACGUAUGGGAACAACAAAUGAGAAAUUGAAUUUUAAUAUUACAAUUUUUAAUAUUAGUUCUUGCACUAAAAUAAUGGUCUCAGAUCUUCGCCAAGAAAGAGCAUUUUAAAUUCCACUAACUUAUGUCAGAGACACCAGAACGUGACGAACGUGUCACUUUCAGUUCCAUAUUUAUACACUGGAAUCCUGAUUUUUGUGCAUUUAGUGGGGAAGAGCUUACAAACGAGCAAGGUUAUUGAGCUCGCUGUGCGCUAGUCCAUUCAGACUACAUAACACCGUUGUGAGUCCCCAGUUGAGGCUAAUUAGUUUCCAGUCCUUUAUUAAAAACAUCACCAGCUUUGAAGACUCAAAAGCCUAGCUCACGACACCUUGAACUAAGGAACAAGUGCUAAUUUUUUCAAAGUGAAAAAUUGCUUAAAACAAAAAUCCACCAUUAUUUCAUAUGUAUAAAUCAUUUGAUGGUCGGAUCAAUAAACAGAAAAUACUCCCUCUUUCAACGUUUUACAAUGAUUUAACAUUCUAUUUUUAUACCAAUCGUUUCCAAUUAAGCAACUGUUUCCUCUUAGCAGGGAGUAGCUCACAUCUCAAAUAUGGACAGAGAGGUAAUUGGAACUUAAUGGCAAAGGACUAUAUAUUACGGUGUUUAAUUUUUUGUUUUCAAUACUAAUGUCGUAAAACCUUUCCCUUGUUUUCUGAGUUGGCCUUGUUUACAAUUCGAUUCGGUGUUUUAAACCUCAAAAUUUUGUACCAACAAUAGCAAUUUCGGUAUGCACUCUAACUAUAAACAUUGAGUCUAAAGCUUUAGUUAAUGAACCGGCUAUAUACCGUGACACAGCUGAUAGCUUUUAUGAAAGGUAGCUAAUUAACCGAGGGGGUAAUCAAUGUAGAUAUUUUACCACAAAGGAAAAAUUCAUCUAUACAAUUUGACAGGUUAAACCAAGGCUGAACAGUUCUGCACUCGGUUGCUUGAUUCCUGGCUUCAACUUGUUCAUCACACAAGAUCUUCCCUCCUUGCUUUUUGUGUUUUAGACUUCGUAUUUUCUGUCCUGGCGACUCUUGAAAAUCUGUUUGUUAUUCGCGCCUUAAUGAAAGCCUCAACGAUACCAGCUACUGUGAAAAAGCUGUUCCUAAGUCUGGCUUUCUCUGAUCUUGCAGUUGGACUGUGUUCGCAGCUUAUGACCGCUAUUAUCAACGCCUCGAUAUUGAAGAUGACAUCAAGUGGAAACAACACAGCCUUCUUCUGUCGAACAGUUUUGGGUGUGAAAAGUUACUUUGUGUAUCUUCUCGCCGCCGCAUCUUUUCUGAAUGUUAUUGUCAUUGCAUUUGAUAGACUUCUCGCUGUUUCGCUCCAUCUGCGAUAUCAGGAGCUUAUCACACCCAAACGUCUUAAUAUAGCAUUGGUGUCUUUGUGGUUAAUAAGUUGUUUCACCGCCUUCAUAUUCGUUUUCCUUCCGACAAGCAAUGAAAUAGUGGCCGCAGUUAUUUUAUUGACAGGGUAUGUUUUGACCACCGUGGCAUAUGUUCGUAUUUACGAAGGCGUUUUCUCUCGUGACAAGUCUUGGAAAUAUUUUAGUAAUUCGCGCCUUACUGAAAGCUUCAUCAAUACCAGCCAACGUCAAGAAGCUGUUCGUUAG